AUGUUCCCGAAAGGAGGAGGACAACCUCACUGGGGAACAGUGUCUUACGACAGUCGCCUCCAGAGCGAAGGAACUUUUAUCCAAAACGGACGAGUAAUGAAUUUAACACAACCCUCUAUGCGCCAAGAGAGAAUACGACUCCUUCAGUAUGUGGGAACUCCAGAAAGUAAUAAUUUCAAAUUUGUGUGGGUGCUCGCUAGAAAUCUCGAUGUGUCGACCGCAAUUUCUAUCCGAGAACGAGGAAAUCUAUGCAGUCCUCGUAUGGCUCCAGCAGUGUUUCAAGACGAAGGCUACGAGUUUUUGGGAGAGGCGGAUAUUGAAAGUCGCACAAUGCAAUACGUGUAUCAAGGACAUCCUCACGUAGUAGAUAAGAGUCAAUUCCUGUCCAAUGUCUAUGUGCUCAUCAAGCAACGAUGUAGCUGUUCGUGUGCAGGUGGCAAUAUACAAAGCUAACGAAGUCCUCUUCAAUACAGAAUAGGCGUUUUUAGAAGGUACAGUUGACAAUACUGAUAUGCCCCUCCUAGAAUCAGUCUCACCUUAUUAUUACACCAACCCUAUUGUACUUUACAGUAGCAUUAUGUGUUUCACCAAAGUACCAAAGUUCUUGUACACCUACCAUUUAUGACGGGUUCUUCAAAUUUUUGCUAAUCCUGUGGUAGGCAGGGCGUAGACGCGGCUUUUUUCCGCAAAUCAUA